AUGUACAAAACAGUCAGCACUGAAACAAGAUGUAGAAGGCUCCGGCAAUACGUUGUUAUCCUAAAGCUUGAUUUGUCAGAUACCAAGUCGAUCAAGGAGUUCGCAGAGGUCAUCAACUGGGAGGAAAGCAAACUGAACCUCCUUAUCAACAAUGCUGGGGGAGGCCAGCCCAGGGCAGGGCAGGCACCUACACUUGGUCAUUACCAGGGAGAUGCAAACAUAAUGAAUAAUGUCAAACACUUUCUGGAAGAGAUCAGCCCCUUCCAGGAUCAUCAACAUCAUUCUAUAGCCCACAGCUGGGGCAACACCAACCUGGACGACAUCAAACGUGAGAAGGGCUACAACAAGAACAAGGCCUACAGCCAAAGCAAACUGGCCAACAUCCUCUUCACUCAUCUACUGGCCAAGAGGCUAGAAGGUCAUCUUUAUCUGUCCUUCAUUUGGUACCGGUGUGACUGCCUACUCCCUCCACCUGGAGUGGUCCAAACUGACCUGUGGAGACACCUCAACCCUGCACAGCAGGCUGUCAUGAAGAUGGUCAGCCCGUUCACCAAGAACUCAGUCCAGGGAGCUCAGACAACCAUCUACUGCGCUGUGGACCCUGGACUGGAGACCAAGAGUGGUGGAUAUUACAGUGACUGUGCCCCUGCCACCUGCUCCAGGGCUGCCACAGACGACAGCGUGGCUCAGAAACUGUGGGAUCUCAGCUGUCAGAUGCUCUCUAUAUCCUGGGAUUGA